AUGUCAAACAAGGCGUCUGGAGGCUUUCAGGCCUUGAGAGGCCUCCGAUAUGCAGUCGGAAUCGUGCUUGUCGGCGUGCUCUGUUUAUCCAAAGUCGGGGCGGCGGCCACGGACGAUUCUAUUCUAGCCGUAUGCGGGCGGGACGACGCGGUGUUGGUUCAGCUGCCGCUGAAGGAUACAAAGACAACAGCCAAGUUCAAGUGUCCGGAAGGCUCAGUUCUGUUCCCAGGUGAACCAGGCGAAGCAGGUGGACAACUGACAAAGUUUUGUGAGGAUUCGUCGUGCACCCGACAAGCCACGUUGGGUGAUUCAUUUAGACUUUCAGCAGAGGUUGAAAAUGGACGCAAGAAGACACAAGAGUCCAAGACCUACACAUUACAGAUGACACGAGAACUUGAGAGCUCCAAAAACCUAUAUUUCCUCUGCAAGGCAACAAAGGCUCAGUCUGAAGAUACAGGUUCAGGAGGUGCAAAAACUGCUACUGAAACAACGGACACAACGUGCACGGUUCUGGUUGCAGCAUUCGGUUCGAAGCCUGCAUCCGAUAAAGAAUCAGAAAGUGAGCAAGAUACCAACCUGGAGUGUACCAUUGGUCGGACCGUGCCAGUCACCACCCUUACUUCCACGUCUAAUAAGGUAUCAUUUCGGUGUGGUGACAUUGGGGACUUGUUGCCCGGAAAUAUCGAGAAUGCUUUCAAUGGAGAAGAAUGUUCCAAAGAAGAGAGCCUCACGCAACUCGGUUUGGGUGCUACUCUCGUAGUAGGCCGUUCCGCUUCAGAGAAUUCUGCUGUCGCCUACACGUUAGAGGUCUCAAAGUUUCCAACAGAUGCUCCUGUCAGCCUGUGCUACAAGUGUAACAUCGAUUCUACCGACGGAAAACAGGCGCAACAAAAGUCCGGCACGGAGUGA